AUGGAACGUACCGAGCGAGGCCAUAAUACUCGCGCUCAGUGGACCGAAGCAGAGUCCUUAGUUUUCAGCAAACUCCGAUCCGGCAUUCAUCCACAGACUCUCGAAGGACAGAUUCGCCAGCAGCUUCGUCUUCCACUCGAUAGCUAUUACCGCCAAAGCUACUUAUUGCAUGCGCUGAAAAUUCUGCGGAAUCUUUGCAACAAUAACGCUUUCGCCUACCUUCCUACUUUGCAACAGUACCAGAAGCUAAAGCGUGAUGGUUUCCUCCUCGCGAAGUUCAAGGCCGACAUGAAUGACCACUUCUCCGAUGACAAGUAUUUGCAUCGGAUCGCAACCGAGGGCGCGAUAGAAUUUAAGUUUGGUACCUCUCCUUGGCUAAAGCAAACAUCAGUGGCUGCUAAUUUACCUCCUUCAGCGGCUUGUCCCGAAUUCGACGAAGAGGCAAAGGAGCUCAUCAAAUCGAUGGAAGAAGGAGCAGCUCGGGAUCUUGAGCAACAGCACAAGGCAAACCAGAUUCUAAUGUCCUCUAUUCUUGAUUAUAAUGAGCGGAAGCAGAAGGAAGCUCAGUACAUACAGCUCGCAGAAAGCUGGGGCAAGGCCACAGUCAGCCGGGCACGCUGUGGACCUGCUUACCAUGUGCCAAAGCCUGCCCACCCACUCAGGGCAGUCCGUUAUAAUCUCAAGACUCCGCCUCCUCGACAACUCAAGUCAGGGUGGGGUGAGAAGGGCAAGGUGGCAGAUCAAGCGGCUUCUCCUCAUCCGGUUUCUGGAGGCGAAGAUAUCUCCUCCGCCAUGCUUGGAACUGAUGGGGAUCCCUUCUACAAAGCUGGCGAUGAACCGCCCUGUAUCCCAGAUGGUUCGGAUCCCCAAAAUUACCUCAGCAUCUUCGGAUAUACGCCGCCACCUCUGCUUGCUCUCAAUAAGAACCAACUCCCGCCACGCUCGCCAUCUCCUUCUGACUAUGGAGAGCCUCUCUUUUAG